AUGAAGAGAUUAGGAGAUGAUGGUAGUUGUUCACAAUCUAAGCAAUUGUCUGGUUCUUUGAGUGGAGACUCAGAUGGGCAAUCCCAAGUCCCAGCGAGUGGUCUUGGUGAUACCUCUCGGAAACUAACAAUAGAUGAUGGCAAAACCUUUCUCAAGGAAGUGGAGGAAACGUUUCAAGACCAAAAAGAGAAAUAUCACAAGUUUAUUAAGGUCUUAACUGAGUUCAAGUAUCGAAGAGCUAACGCCGCUGAUGUCAUUGCCAAAGCAAAGGAAUUAUUUGAAGGGCAUAAUAACUUGAUUUCUGGGUUUAACAUCUUCUUGCCAAAGGGGAAAGAAAUACACUUGACAAAUCAGAAGGAGAAUUAA